CGGAUUGACACUUCCAGUAGCCUCUCGCACCUUCCCGCGCGAUGUCUUCCUCCAAGUUAGGGCCGAUGGAUGCCUACGAGCCCCUGGUGUCCAGCGCGGACUUGGAGAAGCCGAGGCUCGUGGGUCAAGGCGGGUUCGGCACUGUGUUCCGGGUGCAUCAUAGGAAGUGGGGCUGCGAUGUAGCGGUCAAGAUCGUGAACUGGAAAUCGAUAUUCUCCGAAGUGGAGGUCAUGAAAAAGCUUCGAAGCCAGUACGUGCUGCUCCUGUUAGGAGUCAUUCGUGAACUGCAGUGGGACAAUGUGUCGGGACCGGCUUUGGUGACGGCCUUCAUGGAGAACGGCUCCCUGUCCGGGCUGUUGCAGCCCCAGUGCCCUCGGCCCUGGCCGCUCCUGUGCCGCCUGCUUCACGAGGUCGCGCUUGGCAUGUGCUACCUGCACAGCCUGGUCCCGGAACUGCUGCACCGGGACCUCAAGCCGUCCAACGUCCUGCUGGACCAAGAGCUGCACGCCAAGCUGGCAGAUUUCGGCUUGGCAGCAUUUCAGAGGGGCUCAAUGUCCGGGAGAAGUGUCAGUGAGCCAGGGGGCACCCUACACUACUUAGCCCCAGAACUGUUGGCUGAUAUAAACCAGAAACCCUCCAAGGAGAGUGAUGUGUACAGCUUUGGAAUCCUGAUGUGGGCAGUGCUAGCUGGAAGGGAGGCCGAAGUGGUCUGCCCAUCCCUGCUGCCGGUGUCCGUUAGUGUGGAUCAGAACCGGCCCUCUUUGACGGAGCUGCCGAAGCCUGGGCCCAACACUCCACGCUUGGAAAAGUUGAAGGAACUGUUAGAGAAUUGUUGGAGCCAUCAGCCUGCGGACAGGCCUUCCUUUCAGGAUUGCAGAUCAAAAAUUGGUGAUAUCUUUGCACUGGUGCAGGAAACGGUGGAUCCUGCUGUCUCCGAGGUGAAGAAGUUUCUUUCUGAACACAGGGAACCUGACCUAGGGAGCUCUUCCCCAGAGCCAGGCCCAAGAGGGGCAGAAAGAGAUGGCCUGUGCUCUGGGGAUUAUUCCACGGUCUCUGAGAACCUGAGCAACCUGCACCUGGAGGAGAGCUCGGGGCCUCUUCCAAAGAAGAGCACAAGCCUUGCUGAGAAGGUCUGGCCACAUGGAGAGCCGGCUACGGGUACCAAGAUCAUCGCAGAAGCAUCUUCCAAUUCCACUGCCCAGCCUUCCCAAACCCCAGAGCCCUUACCUCUCAGAAGGCAAAUGCCAAACCCCAUCCCAACUUGGCCCCCAGGUCCUGGGAACCCAGGGAAUUGGGAGGCUGAGAAAACUGACAAGAACAGGCCCCACGGGAUCUCAGGACCAAAUCCAGUACCAGGACAGCCAACGUCUAUUGUUCUACACGGGUGCCAAGACGUGCAGAUUGGAAGCAACAACUACAUGAACAUACAAUGCAGACCUGCCCAACCCACGCGGAGUCCAGCACCUGGCAGCCCGGAUAGCUGUUGGCACAACCCCCCUGGAGUAGGUUCCAAACCGUGGUCCCAGAAAAGCUGACGACUGGAGUGGGACACUGUGCGGACACAGCAGAGUGAGCCGAACUAUCUACUACCCUGUCUACUGUUGAGGCAGCAAGCGUAACUGAGACUUUCUCGGAGAACUGGCCGGCCGCCCAACGCCCGAGCUG